AUGUUUUGGCUCCAGCAGGCUGAUGUAGUCAUUGCAGAGAACCUCUGUCAGGAAGUUGUUGAGGAACUUGGGAUAUACAUAGUGUCAUUUGACAGACCAGGAUAUGGAGAGAGUGAUCCGAAUCCAAAGAGAACAAUAAAGAGUUUGGCAUUGGAUACAGAAGAGCUUGCUGAUCAGUUAGGACUUGGAUCCAAGUUUUAUGUUGUUGGAUCUUCUAUGGGAGGCCAAACAGUUUGGAGCUGCCUCAAGUACAUCCCUUACAGGCUUUCUGGAGCAACACUAAUUGCUCCAGUUAUCAACUACUGGUGGCCUGGAUUUCCCAGAAACUUAUCAACAAAAGCUUACAACCUGCAGUUAGCACAGGAUCAAUGGGCUCUUCGUGUUGCACAUCACGCUCCAUGGCUUACCUACUGGUGGAACACUCAGAAAUUAUUUCCUGCAUCUGCUGUUGCAGCUCGUCACCCUCAGAUUUUCUCUCCUCAAGAUAGACAUAUUCUCCCUAAGCUUGCUGGGAGGAAAAGACACAAGUCACAAGUACUUCAGCAAGGAGUAUUUGAGUCCAAUCAUCGAGACCUGAUGAUAGGAUUUGGGAGAUGGGAAUUUGAUCCGAUGGAUCUCCAGAACCCUUUUCCUAAGGGUGAAGGCACCGUUCACAUAUGGCAUGGUGAUGAAGAUAGGCUGGUGCCAGUGAUCCUUCAACGCUACAUAGCGGAAAGACUUCCGUGGAUUCAAUAUCAUGAGUUACCAGGUUCUGGACACUUCUUUCCAUAUGUAGAUGGGAUAGGUGAAUCUAUCUUAAGGGCUCUUUUACUCGCUGAGGAAGGCUCAUGUAUUUCUUGCAAAGGAAGUAAUUAA